AUGGCAAAGGUUCCGGCGUCGGAUUUAGGGGGCGACCUUGUUGAGGUUCAAUAUCUGCUUCGAGAGCGAUAUAAGCAUAUACUUGACCUAUCUGAUGAUGACAAAAGUCGUCUUUUUGCGCUUUCUGAAAAGUUUAAGACAGCCACCGAUUCUGAUGAUCCACUCCUUCUUAAGAGGACUAUAUCUGAUCACAUUACCAAAAAUCUACCUGCGAUGGUGUUGCUGAAGCUUCCCACUCUUCCUCUACCUAGCCGUGAGGAGAUCUACGUUCAUAGAUUCAUGGAUAGCUGUGCAUUCAAGUCCCUCAUUAGCUGUUUUGGAGGACUUGUGUUGGGGGGUGUUUUUGGAUUAUUCACUGCGAGCGUUGAUCCUCUAAGCACUGUUACUGGAACAGAAGUAGUGUCAGUAAAAACUGUGGCAAAGGAGAUGUACGCUCGCGCUUUGUCUCACGGGAAAAAUUUUGCAGUUAUCGGUGCUCUCUUUGCUGGUACUGAGUGUGGACUAGAGAGUAUGUUCUACCGGGAGCGUGAUGGAGGUCGAUCGAAGGUUAAGCACUGGCAUAUCAGCAAUUCGCCUUCCAGGAAGAUAAGUAAACGUACUGCUAAUGACUUGAUCUCUCACAAACACAGGAAGCGGUCAAAGUCAUCAAGCUCAUCGGAUUCGGAGAUUUCUCUUCCACCGGAAGAAAUUCAAAAGCUCAAGGAAAUGGUGCGCCAGAGGAAGGCAAUUAUGAAAGAACUGGAAACCCCAGAAGAAAAACGCGCUCGUCGAGUGGCGAAGAAAGAACGUAAGGAGCGCCGUCGUCGGGAAAAGCUUGGUUGGGGCAAGGACUACCUCGGUUACACAAAUGAAGAUAAUCCAUUUGGUGAUCGGCACCUAUCAGAGACAUUCGUUUGGCGCAAAAAGAUUGAUGAUAAAGGUCUUUCUCAUCUCGAUAGUACACGACUUCAAACGCUGCAAGCACAGAAGAUGGAGGAAAAUAGACGGGAGCUGGAGAAUGUUCGCCGGCGACGGCUUGAGAGAGAAAGAGAGAAGGAAGAGAGGGAAAAGGAGUUGGAAAUGCUUCAGCGCGAAAGAGAGGCUGAGUAUUACAAGUCCUGGGGGCAACAGGAAGAUACAUUUCAUCUGGAACAGGCAAAGCUGCGGUCACGUAUCAGAAUCGCUGAUGGUCGUGCAAAGCCAAUUGAUUUGCUUUCGAAAUAUAUAGCCGAUCAGGAUGAGGGGUCGCAGAAUAUUUCCAACGGUGGUGACAUAUCCAGCGCAAUCGAGGUGAUGGAACCAACGCAGUUUUUGGUCGGCCUGAGCAUCGAUGAUCUGGAAGAUUUGCUGGUCGACAUAAAGAUUGUUUAUAUGGAGCUUGAGAAGGGUCAAAACGUGGAGUACUGGCGAGACAUGACGGUGAUAGUGGAAGACGAACUGCGACGGUUAAGGCAAGACGAGGAUGUAGAUGGAGGCGGAGGAAGACACAAUUCGGUUAGCAUUAGCAACUCUGUUCUAAAGUCAGUUGCUGACACACUCAAGUGCAAAACCUACGCUCAGUUGGCCGCCCUUGAGCGACAGAUUCAACCCAAGCUGCAUGGUGGUGAGGGCGUGGACGUUGGGUACUGGGAGACACUAUCGCAGUUCGUGGCUGCUCAGAUGGCUCGAACACGUCUUCGUGAGAGGCAUCAGGACCAUCUUCGCCGAAAACUUGCUUUUCUCCAGCAAAAUCAAGGAAUCUCCUGUUCGGAUAACGAUUCCAAUCCCAUCUUUCCCAGUGGUUCAGGAUCUACGUACAAUAUGGUUGAGCGGAUUCGGGAAUUGCAACAACAAGCUGCCUUCAAAGUACAAAGGGAUGAGUUGGAGCAGUCGGAGGAGGACAGGAAGGGGUCAGAGGAGCCUCUGACUUUAGCAAGUCAGGAAGAAGUUGAGUCCACUUCGGGACCUUCUGCGGCACAAUUGGAAGCUGCUUCAAAUCAACAGGAUCCAUACGAUUCUACUCUUUAUUCGCCCGUUCUUUUGGAUCAGUCAGAUGUAGAGAUCGACGCCGUGUUAUAUGACGCACAAGACGAUCGCGCCAAGUUGGAGUAUCAGAGGAAGGAUGUGAUGCACACUGGAGCGCUGCGUAAGACUGCUGAGGAAGAACUAAUGAAGCGAGCUCGCGAGGGCAUGGAGGAGGGGGAUGCGGAAUUCAGCGUCCAGGCACCACUAGAGGAUCAGUCGUUUCUCUGGUCAGAUAAGUAUCGUCCACGUAAACCGCGAUUCUUCAAUCGUGUGCACACUGGUUUCGUGUGGAACAAGUAUAAUCAAACUCACUACGAUCUGGACAACCCCCCACCAAAAGUGGUCCAGGGCUACAAGUUCAAUAUCUUCUACCCCGAUCUGAUCGAUAUGACCAAGACGCCCACGUACACGAGAACGCCCUGUGAGGGUGAGCCCGACUUUGAGAUACUUCGCUUUAUCGCUGGCCCACCUUAUGAGGAUAUCGCCUUUAAAAUUGUCAGCCGUGAGUGGGAGUACUCCUAUAAGCAUGGAUUCCGGUGUCAAUUUCACAACACUAUCUUCCAACUCUGGUUCCAUUUCAAACGCUUCCGAUACCGUCGAUAA